AUGUCCACACGAGACUCAAUACCACCGCCCUCUGCGGUCUCCGCAGUCUCCUCGGCCUCACCACCCCCCGCUACUUCUUCUUCCUUCUUCAACCUCGACACGCUGUUCGAGAACCCCGUUUUCGCCGGUGGUAUCGGACUCGCCGGGCUCGGAGCGGCUGCAGCAGCCGGUCGACGCGGCCUUAUUGCGGGCGCCCAGCUGCUGCGGCGGCGGCUGCUCGUCAAUGUCGAGAUCAGUCGGCGUGACCCGUCGUACCCCUGGGUGCUGGCAUGGCUGUCGGAGCCGCGGCCGCCAGGCGGGUUCCUGGCGCAGCGCAUCACGCGCAUCCACAACCUCUCGGUGGCCACCGCGACAAAAGCCACGAACCCGGGCGGCGACGCAAACCAAGGCAGCAAUGGGCCCGUGCAGGCGUCCUUUUUCCUGCAGCCGGGCUACGGCCGCCACAUCAUCCAGCACCGCCCGGGCGUGUUUAUUGCCGUCAGCCGCGAGAAGCAGAGCACGGCCAACAUGUCGACGGGCGAGCCGCACGAGACAGUGACGCUCACGACCCUCUAUGCGCACCGCCACGUGUUUGAGGAAGUGUUCUCGCAGGCGCACGCGCUCGCCGCCCAGGCGGCCGAGGGCAAGACGCCCGUGUACAGCGUGCAGGGCAUGGGCUGGGGCACUCUGGGCGAGCCACGCACCAAGCGGCCGCUGGCGUCCGUCGUGCUGGACCGCGACGUCAAGGAGCACAUUGUCGCCGACGUGCGCGACUUUCUGCAGCGGCAGCAGUGGUACGUCGACCGCGGCAUCCCCUACCGCCGGGGGUACUUGCUGUACGGGCCCCCCGGCAGCGGCAAGACGUCCUUCAUUCAGGCGCUGGCGGGCGAGCUCGAUUAUGGGCUGGCCGUUGUGAACCUGAGCGAGAUUGGCAUGACCGACGACAAGCUGGCGAUGCUGCUGAUGAAGCUGCCGCGGCGCAGCAUUCUGCUCCUCGAAGACGCCGACGCCGCGUUUGUCAACCGACGGGCCGCGCGCGACGCCGACGGCUACAGCGGACCCACGGUGACGUUCUCGGGCCUGCUGAACGCGCUGGAUGGCGUCGCAGCGGGCGAGGAGCGCAUCGCGUUCCUGACGACGAACCAUAUUGACCGACUGGACCCGGCGCUGAUCCGGCCAGGUCGUGUCGAUAUGAUGAUGCGCAUCGGCGAGGCCACGUCGUACCAGGCGGCGCAGAUGUGGGACCGGUUCUACGGCGACGUUGACAAAGAUGGCGCCGGGCGCGAGCGCUUCCUGCGGCGGUUGCGUGACCUGCGGCUGGUGGAGGACGACGCUGAUGCGGACGGUGCUGCGGCUGCGGUUGCAGAGAGGUCCGGGGACAGCGUGCCAAGGCGGCACACGAGCACCGCGGCCAUCCAGGGCCUAUUUUUGUUCAACAAGAACGACAUGGAGGGUGCCAUCAACAUGGCCGAAGGCCUCAUUCCGCGGCAGUUUGAGCCGGAGCCGACCGACCCCGGGGGUGCGAUCAAAGCGCCGGCGUAG